CCACCCUCUCCCUUUGGAGACCUGACCAUUUCUCUCUGCUCUUCCAGAUGGCCUUCAGCAAGAUGAGGCUGCUGUAUGCUUUCGUUCUGGUGGUGGGGGCGCUCUGCUUGUACCUCAACAUGGCCCCUUAUAAAGAACUGCCAUUCGUUUUCAAGAGAAGUGCUGGGAAGUUCCUUCAGCUUCCUGAUGUAGACUGCAGGCAGAACCCACCCUUCCUCGUCCUGCUGGUGACUUCCUCCCACAAGCAGCUGGCAGCUCGCAUGGCCAUCCGCAAGACGUGGGGUAGAGACAGGACGGUGCGAGGGCAGCAGGUGAGGACCCUCUUCCUCCUGGGUGCCUCAGACAGCACGGAUGAGAUGGCCACCACGGCCCAGGAGAGCCAGGAGCACCGAGACAUCAUCCAGAAGGACUUCAAGGACGUCUACUUCAACUUGACCCUGAAGACCAUGAUGGGCAUGGACAUCCUGUGUCUGGACCUGGCUGGCGGGGACCUGAUGAAGAUCCUGACUGAACGUGACUACAGCUUCACUGCCACAGCCAAGCAGGAAAUCAUGCGUGGUUUCUAG